GGGUGGGGUGGGUGCUGGGGCGGGGCGUAGCAGAAGGAAGAAGAUGGACGGCAUAUUCAGCAAGCUCCGGAAUCUGGACGCGUAUCCCAAGAUCAACGAGGAUUUCUACAGCCGCACCCUCUCCGGCGGCGUCAUCACCCUCGUCUCCUCCGUCGUCAUGGCCCUCCUCUUCGUCUCCGAGCUUCGAUUGUAUUUACAUGCCGUAACCGAAACGAAGCUAGUGGUGGAUACAUCGAGAGGGGAACAUCUACGCAUCAAUUUUGAUGUCACGUUCCCUGCAUUAGCUUGCUCUAUGCUCAGCGUUGAUGCCAUGGAUAUCAGUGGAGAACAACACCUUGAUGUAAAGCACGAUAUAAUCAAGAGAAGAUUAGAUUCUCAUGGCCAGGUGAUAGAAGCAAGGCCAGACGGAAUUGGUGCUCCAAAGAUUGAAAAGCCCUUACAGAGACAUGGUGGGAGGCUUGAGCACAAUGAGACAUAUUGUGGAUCAUGUUUUGGAGCAGAAACAUCAGAUGAGGAAUGCUGUAAUUCCUGCGAAGAGGUCCGCGAAGCAUAUCGAAAGAAAGGUUGGGCACUUUCUAAUCCAGAUUUGAUCGAUCAAUGCAAAAGAGAAGGUUUUCUACAAAAGAUUAAAGAAGAAGAUGGUGAAGGAUGUAACAUCUAUGGGUUUCUGGAAGUUAAUAAAGUUGCAGGGAAUUUUCAUUUUGCUCCUGGAAAAAGCUUUCAACAAUCCAAUGUUCAUGUCCACGAUUUACUGGCAUUUCAGAAGGAUAGCUUUAAUAUUAGUCACAAGAUCAACAGGCUAUCUUUCGGAGACUAUUUCCCUGGUGUCAUAAACCCACUUGAUAAUGUGCAAUGGACGCAAGAAACACCGAGUGGAAUGUAUCAGUAUUUUAUAAAGGUGGUGCCGACUGUAUACACAGAUGUGAGCGGGCACACUAUCCAGUCAAAUCAGUUCUCGGUAACAGAGCACUUCAGGAGUGCAGAGUUGGGACAGCUUCAGACACUGCCAGGAGUUUUCUUCUUUUAUGACCUCUCUCCAAUUAAGGUGACCUUUACUGAGGAACAUGUGUCAUUCUUACACUUCCUAACGAAUAUGUGCGCUAUAGUUGGAGGUGUUUUCACGGUUUCAGGCAUCCUAGAUUCUUUCAUAUAUCAUGGUCAAAAGGCAAUCAAGAAGAAGAUGGAAAUUGGCAAAUUGAGUUAAAAAAUGAGUUAAGGAGAAGCUUCCUGAUUUGGCAGCUGUUCAUGGUUCGAUAGAAUGGAUUUUUCUGGUACGUGACCCACUGGAGAGAUGAAAGCGGAGAACAAGGAUGGCCAAAGCGGUUAUCUUCGGUAGGUUUGGGAUUGUUUCUUUUGAUCUAAUGUUUGAUUGGUGCUGAUCAAUGAAAUAGACUGAUGCUGUCUGGCUCAACCAUCCAACGGUUGUUUCCUGCUCUUUGCCCAGUUCCAUCGGGUAAUUAUCUGUUAGCAUUUGACAUAGAGCAGUUCUUUCAGACUCUUCUCUUUGAAAGUUAUAAAGGAAUUGUACACUAGAA